AUGUGGAGAAGGCGUGCGUGGCUUCUGCUCGCUCUGCUCGCUCUCCCAGGCUUGAGCUUCUGGCGGGCUGGGUGGUCCCAGGCAUUUGUGAAUGUGCCACCGUGCAAGCAUCGGCAAAGAGUUGGUUUCCGCGCCACCUCCGAUGUGGCUGAGGACCUCAUCGCUCAAGUGGGCGAUGAACUGGAAGGCUGCACGCCUUUGAAGAAGGAGUUGGAAGUGGUAUUGAACGCGGGCCGCAACUUCCUGAGAGAUGCAGAAGGUGGACAAGGGAUCGAGAAGUUCAAGGAUCUGCUGGAAUGGUUGCAGGCGCAGCGUGCCCGAAGGUCCGCUUCGGCUCCCUUUCCCCAGUCCCUGGGGCCGCUCUCCGUGGCGGCCCUGCGCAAGGGCGACCAAGAGAUUGUUCUGGUGGGCACUCCGCACAGCGUUCCAGGGGUGGCUGCGGUGGACAACCCAGUUCCGAGGGCAGUCCGGCGUCUCGUCAAAGCGUUGAAGCCAGACCUCGUGGCCGUUGAGUUGGAUGAGGAUCGCGGUGGUCGAGAGCUGGAAAACCUUCCAGCGAAGUUGCGAGGUCGCUCCACUGUGCUGCUGCCACCGCCCUCGACCUCGGGAUCACCUGGGCUCCUCGAGGCCUUUGGUCUCGGACCACAGCUUCGGUUGGACGACGCGCUGAUGGAGCAGAUUCGAGCGAGGUUGGGCAAGUCUCAGAUGUCCGUCAAGGACUAUAUCCGAGCCAUGAAAACCAUCUUUGACAAGAGCAGUGAGAAGUGUCUGGCCAUGAACGUCUUUGCGUUGGACGAGUUUCGCGCAGAGGCCUAUGGCGACUGGGGCAGAGACGCCGGAGCUGCAGUCCAAGCAGCCUUCAAGGCUGCAGCCCCGGUUCUGCUCUGUGAUCUACCGCAGGAAUGGACGUUCAGCAAAAUUAUACCUGUCUACAACGAUGCCUGGGUCAGUGCUAAGGAGAAGCGGUUGGCUUUUCUCAGUGAUCUUUCUGAAGCCAUGCGCUUCCAGGAGGCAGAGGAGGCCAUCAUCCGAGAAGCGGUGCUCGCUGGUCACGGAGGCGACCUGUCCUCCUUGGAUUACGGUCUUGGUCUUUGCCGCCCUGCGACGGGCUUGGCAGAGGCCGACACACGACGUCUCUUCUUGGAGGAGCGCGACUCUGCAAUGGCACGAGCCGUUUGCGAGGCCUUGGAUGGCAGAGCGCAGCGCGUCCUCGGCGAGCCGAGGGAAGAGAUCCUGAAGGGGGGCUCGCACGCAGUGCUUCAGGUGGGCUGCUGCCACGUCGAAGGGAUCGUUGCUGAGAUGGAGAAGCAGGGCUAUGAGGUUGCUGAUGCACCUUCCGAGGGCUGGCCAAGUGCUAAGGCCAAGAAGCCCAAGGUGGGGACUUCAAAGAAGAAAGUUGUGACGAGAAGGACAAGGCAGCGGGGAGCUCGAGGAUUCUCGUAG